UAACAUUGGAACUUUUUAGGCGGUAUUACCUAAUAAAUAGAUUGAUUAUGGAUAUAUUAUAUUCUAAUACUCUGGACGUAGCUAAGAAUUAAGAUAUAUGUUUUUUUUUUAUAUAUUUCAGCGUGCUUAUCAAGUCCGUUGCUCAAAAUUAUGAGUUUACGUAAACUAGCUCUGGUGGGUGCCACUUUGUAUAACAGUGGUGUGAUCUUACUAGUGUUUACGAACUCAAUAGAACCUUUUUUCAUCUGCGUAGGACUGCUUCAGGGAGCCGGUAUUGGUUUUAUAUAUAAUGUAACAUACACAAUACUCAAUGAAUAUUUUGUACAAAAAAGACUAUUUGCAUUUUGUGUUAUUCAAACUUUAACAGGUAAGCCUAGUUGCAUAAGUAUUAAUUCUAUAUUUUAAAAAAUAUGAUAUGGAAAAAAUUUCCAUAAAAUAUACUAAGAGUUUUUAAACUAACAGUUAUUUGAUUGCAUCAAAAAAUAAUGCGAUGGGGUUAGAAUUGUUACGCUGUCCGUCCUUGUUACUCCUGUGUGACGUUUACGUCUCUCUAGAGUUUUCCAUCACAGUCUAGUGUCUUUUUAUUCGUGUCUGAUCUAAUUUUUCUUUAUGAAACUUUAACUUGUGUUUGAAUUUAAGAACAUGCAUUGACGCUGAAAAUAUCAUGCACAUUCCUUAUUUUAGCUGCACAUCAGAUUGUGAACUUAAUACCGACCGCGCAUCAUAUAGAACUUCCAUACUAACAGAGGUCUGCUUACGGUGGCAUGGCUAACGACCGUGCACAUAAUAACUCUCAUUUGUACAUUUUUUUAUAAGAUUAGUAAAUAAAAAAUUAUACACAACAAAAUGUUUUUUUAUUGUCCAAAAUACAUAGAUUUAUAUGCAUAAUUUGACAUCAUACAAACGCACACAA